AUGCACACAGAUCCUUUUAGCCUCUUCCAUCGUAUUAGUACUCGCUGCAGUGAUGCAUUAUCGGCUAAAGAAAGUAAGGGAUCAAAGGAUCAUACCUCGGAUAAAAGUUUCAGAUACUGGCCAGGUUGUGAAACUCGAACGGUUCUCCCAUUAUGUAGUGUUUCGUUUCUCACACACUACACAUGUUCAUGGGAUCAUGCAGCCAGACAAAUGGGAUUCAGUGACAGAAGAGAAUGUCCAAAUCUUUGCAAAUUAGCUUUUGAUUAUAUUAGAAAAUCUGAUGGAUGUGAAGAAGACAUAUAUGCAUUUUUUGCUGGCGAACCUGACGCUGAUACUCUCUUUAUAAAGCUGGUGGAAGAGUUUGAGAGAUGUAUUCUUAGUUACUUCGCAUUUCAUUGGAAACAUGCUUCUCAUAUGAUCAGUCAGGUGCUGAGAGCUGAAUCUGAGCCAAAAAAGAAGCUUAAGCACAUUGUAAUGGCAGCCACCAGAGAGCAGAGAUUUGAAAGGGUGACAAAGAAUCUGAAGGUGGCAAGAGUUUUUACUACCUUAUUAGAGGAAAUGAAAGCCAUUGGACUUGUAUCCCUUGACGAUUCACAGUGCACAGAUGUUAUGGUUCCCAUGGCUCAUAAAGACAGAAGCCCUGUUCUCCUCUUCAUGGGUGGAGGGAUGGGGGCUGGCAAGAGUACCGUGCUUAAAGACAUUCUAAAAGAACCAUUAUGGGCUGGAACAUCAGGAAAUGCAGUGGUGAUAGAAGCAGACGCCUUCAAAGAGUCCGACGUAAUUUAUAAAGCCCUUAGCUCAAGGGGUCACCAUGACAUGCUUCAAACUGCUGAACUGGUACACCAAUCAUCUACAGACGCAGCAUCAUCCCUCCUUGUAACAGCACUCAACGAAAGGCGAGACGUGAUCAUGGAUGGCACACUCUCAUGGGUGCCAUUUGUUGUGCAGACAAUAACCAUGGCCAGGAAUGUUCACCGCCGCAGGUACCGCAUGGGAGAUGGUUACAAGGUGGAUGAAGAUGGAACCGUUACUGAGAAGUACUGGGAACAAAUUGACGAAGAACAAGAACAGGAUGGAGCUAAAAAGAGAAGGCCGUACAGAAUAGAGUUGGUUGGGGUCGUUUGUGAUGCUUACUUAGCAGUUAUCCGAGGAAUAAGGAGAGCUAUAAUGUGUAGAAGAGCAGUCAGGGUGAACUCACAGCUUAAAUCGCACAAGCGAUUUGCAGAUGCAUUUAUGACAUACUGCCAAUUAGUAGACAAUGCUAGACUCUACUCUACCAAUGCAUUAGAAGGCCCGCCUAAGUUAAUAGGAUGGAAAGACAAAGACAAGACUUUGUUGGUUGACCCAGAUGAGAUAAGUUGCUUAAAAAUGGUAGGAAGGUUGAAUGACACAGCAGAUUCCAUAUUUGAACUCUAUAGACGCCCUAAUCCAGCGUUUGAAGCAGGCUCAGUUUGGAAAGAUAUAAUUCUGUCGCCUUCAAGGCUGAACAUCCAGAAAGAACUGAAGUAUUCCAUUCAGAAAGUUGAAAGAUUGAGAGAGUGA